AUGGAUAAAAUCAAAAGUAUCAUAAACCGUAAAGGUGAAAGUUCGUCUUCAUCUUAUGAAGGUCAUCCACAUGAUUUAAAUGAAAAAGCUGGUAUGGAAGUUAAUCAUAGAGUUGUUAAUGAUGAUUUUGAAGCUGAUAGAAAACAACCAGAUAUUGAAUUAGUGGUUUCAAAAUCUCAAGAAUUCGAUCCAGUUACUUCAAAUUUAAUUGCAGAUAUUAUUGAUGAUGGUUAUGCUGGUGUUCAUGUUGAAGAUGAUUCACCAUAUCCAGAAGUCAGAGCUGCUGUACCAAGUUCUGAUGACUUUGAAAUGCCACAAGCUACUAUUAGAGCUUGGACUUUAGGUUUGAUUUUAACUACAAUUGGUGCAGCUAUGAAUAUGUAUUUUUCACUUCAUUCUCCAACAAUUGUUAUUUCAACUAUGGUUACAUCAAUUUUAGCUUAUCCAAUGGGUAGAUUUUGGGCUUUUGCUAUACCAAAUGUUAAAAUUUUUGGUAUGCCAUUAAAUCCUGGUCCUUUCAAUUUAAAAGAACAUGCAGUUAUUACAAUUAUGGCUAAUGCUUCUUUCAAUGGUGGUGCUGCUUAUGCCACUGAUAUCUUGGUUUCUAUGAAUAAAUUUUAUAACAUUGAUUUUGGUGUUGGAUUUGCUUUAGUUGCAAUUCUUUCUACAAAUUUAAUUGGGUUUUCAUUAGGUGGAUUAAUUAGAAAGUUCGUUGUUGAUAGUCCUGGUGCUAUUUGGCCACAAAAUUUAGUUACAUGUAUUUUCUUAACUAAUAUGCAUAUCAAUGAAAAUCAUCCAGCAAAUGGUUGGAGAAUUUCAAGAUUAUGGUUUUUCUUAAUUGUUUUCAUCGGUGGAUUUAUUUAUUAUUGGUUCCCAGGUUAUAUUUUCACCGCAUUAUCUUAUUUUUCAUGGAUUACUUGGAUUAAACCAAAUAGUCCAACUAUUAAUCAAAUUUUUGGUUCAUCUUCUGGUUUAGGUAUGCUUCCAAAUUCAUUUUCAUUAGAUUGGAAUCAAAUUGCUGGUUAUGUUGGUUCACCAUUAAUUCCACCAGCAGGUACUAUUGCAACUAUUUUCCUUUCAAUGAUCCUUAUUUUCUGGAUUAUUGUUCCAGCUAUUUCAUUCACAAACACUUGGUAUGGUGAUUAUCUUCCAAUUUCUUCAUCAGGAUCAUUUGAUAGAUAUCAAUUAAAAUACAAUGUCAGUAGAAUUAUUGACAAAAAGACUUUAACUUUUAAUGAAAAAGCUUACAAAGAAUAUUCUCCAUUGUUUUUAUCAACUACAUUUGCUAUUUCAUAUGGUUUAUCAUUCGCUUCAAUUUUAGCUACUAUUGUUCAUACUGUUUUAUUCCAUGGUCCAGAAAUUGUUGAUCAAUUUAAACUUAAAGAAAAACCAGAUGUUCAUAAUAGAUUAAUGGCAAGAUAUAAAAGAGUUCCAGAAUGGUGGUUUUUAAUUUCUUUCCUUAUUUUCUUUGCUUUAUCUAUCGUUACAAUUAGAUGUUGGGAUACUGAAAUGCCAGUUUGGUGUUUAAUUGUUGCUUUAAUUAUUGCAAUUGUAUUCUUAUUACCGGUUGCUAUUAUUUAUGCUAAAACUAAUAUUGCAGUUGGUUUAAAUGUCGUCACUGAAUUUAUUAUUGGUUACAUGUUACCAGGUAAACCAAUUGCUAUGAUGUUUUUCAAAACUUUUGGUUAUAUUACUAAUAAUCAAGCUGUUACUUUUGCUCAAGAUAUGAAAUUAGGUCACUACAUGAAAAUCUCACCAAGAAACUUAUUCUGGUCACAAUUCAUUGCUGCUAUUUGGUCAUGUUUUGUUCAAAUUGGUGUUAUGAGAUGGUCAUAUGGUGCUAUUGAUGGAUUAUGUGAACCAGAUCAAGCCUCAUCUUUCAACUGUCCUGGUGCUAAAGUUUUCUUCAAUGCUUCAAUUAUCUGGGGUGUUAUUGGGCCACAACGUCAAUUCUCACAUGGUCAAAUCUAUUACGGAUUAUUAUUUUUCUUCAUUGUCGGUGCUAUUUUACCAGUUGUAAAUUGGUUAAUCUUGAAAAAAUGGCCAAACAGUUUAAUCAAGUAUUUACAUUGGCCAGUCUUCUUCUCAGGUACUGGGUUAAUUCCUCCAGCCACUCCAUACAAUUAUACGUCAUAUUGUUGUGUUGGUUUGAUUUUUGGAUGGUGGAUUAAAAGAAAAUAUUUCCACUGGUGGGCUAAAUAUAAUUAUUCUUUAUCAGCUGGUUUAGAUAUUGGUCUUGCUUGGUCAUUAUUGAUAUUAUCAUUAGCUUUAGGUUUGACUCAAACUGAAUUCCCAAGUUGGUGGGGUAACAACGUUGUUAAUGGAACCUUAGAUACCAAUGUUACUACAAACAUUCGUAAAAUACUUAAUGAGGGUGAAAGUUUUGGUCCUUCAAGUUGGUAA